UAAUGAGCAUUGCUGGACAUUUAUUUUAUAAGUGUUGUUUUUAAUAUAGUUUAAAUGUCUUUUUGGCUAACAGAAGAGAAAACUAUCUCACAAGAGAACAUUAAAGGGUCUAGUAGCGAGAGUCCACCCCCUUCAUUGUCGAGCAAACCAGAAGAUAGUUUUAUUCUUGAACCUGAUAUAAUUCUUGCAAAUGACAAGGUUUACUUCCCCGAUGAAGAAAUUGCAGCAAAUUUCCUCUCUAUUCUGGCAGUGCAUAUCAUAAAAUCGAUUAAAAGUGAGGAAUGCCAACGGAAGGUCUAUAAGCCUGUACUGCGUGUAAUUUAUCAGGAACUGAAUAAAGAGAAAGAAGGCGAAUGUGAAUCUCUGAUUAUAUCAUCACUACCUUCAGUUGAGAGUGGAAAAUGCUUUUCUAAAAACAAAAGGAAGAAGCGAGUGUCAAGGGUAUAUCGGACAUUUUCCAAAAGUUCAACUCAUACGCUUAAUUCUAAGCCUAGCAGACAAACGAUAAACAGUAUACCUAAUUUGGAAACCAAUUUUGAAGAAGACAAUGACGCCCCAUGUGAAGAGGAAGAAUUAAAAGCUUGUCCAGAAGAAGCAUACCCUUCGAACUCUUACCUUUAUUCAUUCUACCUGGAACAGAAACUUCACAACUGGACUUUUAAAGAGCGGGAUCAAGAAGUGGAGAUUCUCUUCCAAAAUGGAAACAGGUAUAUUGGUCGGAUAUCUCGUAUGCAAAUGGAAGGUGAAGGAAAAUUCAUCUGGCAAGAUGGAACUAUCUAUAAGGGUAUGUUCAAAUCUGGAUGUGCUCAUGGAAAGGGUGAGAUUUUUUAUCCUGACUGUUCCUGGUAUGACGGUGAAAUUGCCUACAACAAACGACAUGGAAAUGGAAUCAUGCGCAAGUUCUCAUCAUCUGGAGAUUGCUACUAUUAUGGUCAAUGGUUUAAAGGGAAAAAGCAUGGAAAGGGAACUGCAAUUUAUAAUAAAAACGUCUGGUAUGAGGGAAAAUGGAAGUAUGGAAAGAGAGAUGGUUUUGGUAUUAUGCACUAUGCUAGUGGAGCUGUCUAUUGUGGUGAAUGGUCCAAGGGAAACAAAUCAGGCUAUGGGACAAUGAUUUGGAAUAACAAUGAUGUCUAUUGUGGAGAAUGGAGUUUUGGAUCUAUGCAUGGCUUAGGAAGAUAUACUUGGAGAGCUUUUAAAAAUUUGCAAUUUGUCUCUCCACAAAUGGACACGUUCACGGGAAAUUUCGUUGAAGGGAAAAGACAAGGAUUUGGUCAUUUGUGCCUCGCGAGUGGAGCAAGUAUAUACACAAGCUGGUAUAACCGUGAUAAAUGUGGUUCUGGUGAAGUCAUAUGUUGCAACGGAAAUAAAUUAAAAGACCGUAACCUGUUUUAUCAAGACCGUGCAGUUCAAGUAGAUCUGUUCAAUUCUAUAAACUUACCUGAAGACAUGUCAGAUGAUAUUGAACUACUGAAUUUAAUGAGUGAUGAAGAACUGGCUCGCAGAGUGAAGCCAAGGUCAUUAAAUGUUAAUGCACCAUUACAUGAAAUGGAUUUUUCAAUGCACAUUAAUGAGCUCUUUAAAAUUGACUAUAAUUUGAGCAUUCCACAAAGCGAAGGUGACCCUGUUUGCAUAAUAGACUAUAAUGAAAGAACAGAAGUCAUUAAGUUGGAGAAAAUGUGGUUGAAAAGAGUCAUCAUGAAAAGGAUGACAGACCUGAGGUCAGUGUACAACUUCUAUGCGGCUAUUGGUGUAGACAACAAACCGACAAAGUUCUCUAUUUUUAUGCUGCGGAUUAUGUUGCACCAGCUGUUGAGGGAUUGUGGUAUAACGAAAACUAAAUAUAGUUGUGUCGAUUUGGAUCAAAUGGUUGGCAUUGGAAAUGACCCUUUUGAAAAUGUUUUGAUGUAUGAAAUGAUCCAUUAUCUGAUAACACUCUGCAUUUUAACAAGGAUGAGUCCAAGGCAGAAAAAUGAAGGGAUUCCAGGUGUUUUGGCUGGAACUUUUGACAGGUUUAUCGAUGAAGUAGUGAUCAAGUCAAAGGAUAAUUACAAUGGGAACUUUUUGAAGUUUUUGAGAUUCAUACCCCUUACAUCACUUCAUUCAUUAUACAAAACACUUCCUGAACCUCUAAGAAUUAAGGACCUUUGUGCUGCAAUAUUUGAUCCUUGCUAUGAGUUGAAGGAUAACAUGCCAUUUACGUCAGAGUACAUUCAACAUAUUCUCCAAGGAAGUAACACAGUUUAUUGUGAUGGAACAUUUGGUUAUAUUCCCUAUGAAGAGCCAUAUGUCGAUUUUAAAAAAGAAUCAGCUCAAAAUGACCAAACACCAUUUGCAGAACUGUCCACUUUUCAGGACUUAGGUGUGGAAAAUGUCAUGAUGAGCAUAGCAGAAGCAGUCCCACACACUUUAAAUCAUUAUACUAAACAAAUAGAUGGCACCUUUCCUCUUUCAUUUCUUGACUUUUGUGACAUUCUGUCUAAUUUGGCAAGUAAAUAUGUUGGGUUGAUGGAAGAAUUUAUCGAUGAAAUAAAUAAUGAUCCAAUAGUCCCAGAAGAAGAAAGAACAAGCCUUCAAAGCAGGGGUUCAAGCCCUCUUCUUAAAUUCACUUUAUCCCCUAAAACAGCUGUAAAGAAAAACUUUGGGAAAUUAAAAGACGGAAAAUUAAAUUCAUCACCAGAGUACAAUUCUACAAAAGAAUCGUCUCCAGAAAUGAUAAAACAAUUUGUAAAAAGUAAAUGGCUUCCAAAAAAACUGACUACAAAAGAUAUAGCAGAAAAUUAUAACAGUAUAUUAAAGUAAGAAAAUGUGUUAACCGAAA